CUCAAGUUAUUUUCCAGUGAAAGCAUAUUCAUUCGCUUGCCGAAAAAUGGCGGAGAUCAAAAGUAUUCAGAUGUGUAUAGUGUGCCUUUGUGUUCUAAUUCAAAAAUUACUGUGAGGAAAGGUACUUUAGUGUGUGCUAAGCACUUCACGGAGGAUGAGGUCCGUGUCCUACCGGAGUAUGGUCGAUCUCGCACCGUGGGCUGUGCCUUCCAGGUUUGCAUGGAAAAGUUGCGGAGAUGCUAAAUCACGCGUCAAAACGGGAUGUUAGUGGUGCAGAUUAGUAAAUGUCCAGAUGGUGCAGGAGCACGAUUAGCCUACAACAGCCGUCCAGUCCCAGGUGAGUGUAAUGUGUUAACUAAAACAAUAACUUAUAUUAAAAGCUUAUCGGCAACUAUAGACAUUAAUCAAAUAUAGUAUGUUUUAUUUGUAUUGUUAGAUGUAACGUUAUACAUUUAAUGUAGCACAUGGUAGCAGUUAUGCUAACAGUGGAGCAGGUUAGUGAAGCAGUGUUUUUAUACUUUUGCCAUCAUCCUUUUAUACUACUCUCUUUCUGGCUGAAGUUAUACAAAAUUAACAAAGACAUUUAAAGUUAUCAAUAAAAUCCACAACAAUGUAGGAAAUACGAGCAGUUGAGCAAACAUCUGUUGUACAAGCAGAAUUCAAUUUAUUUUAUAAUGGUUUGUUGGUUAUUUAACUUUGAAUUGAUGUUCUAAGUAACUGGUAUAUCAUUGCAUAAAUGUGAUAGUAACUUUCCAAAUUAAUGAGUUGUUUUUAUUAAAGUGUUAUGUUUAACACAAAAUAAUACAUGUAUUGUUGUUUGCUUUAUGUUAAUUAAGUGCUCUUGCUGAGGCAUGGGAAAAAUAAAGGAGCUGGAAAAAACACCUGCUAGUGACAUCAGCAUCAUCUACACACCUGCUAGUGACAUCAGGAUCAUCUACACACCUGCUAGUGACAUCAGCAUCAUCUACUCACCUGCUAGUGACAUCAUGCUCCUCCUCACCUGCUAGUGACAUCAGCAUCAUCUACUCACCUGCUAGUGACACCAUGCUUCUCUUCACCUGCUAGUAACUUGUCUGCUUUGUGAUAAGCAAAUUUUGCUAUCUUCCAAUUCUAAACACAUCAGAAAUCACCAACCCCUCCUGACAUAUCUUUCCAGUUUGGACAAAAAAUUAAUGUAUAUGCCAAAGUAGAAUUCAACAACUUUAGCUGUGAUCUCUGUGAUCAGCUCAUCAUCUCUCCAUACCCUCUCCACAUGGAAGUCACCUCUUGUACUUGUCACAAGAUCACACCAGGUUAACUAAGCCAGGAACCAUCAGCUGACCGUGGAAUGCCAAUUGUGUGUUUCUAUCUCAGUUUUGCAUGGUCCCCAAUAAACUCAACGUGGGAUGCCUCUCCGAUUUCUUUCACAUCAGGGCACUUAACCUCUUGCAGGCCACAGAGAGGUUCUUCAUUUGGGUCCACCACUUUGCCAUCUGCACCAAGGUGUGGAGCAUCAGGGUGGAUGAUGAGACCAGAUGGAAGAACGUUAACGUCAGAGGUGUCCUCAUAGCGGUGAAGAACCUCUGGCUCAAGUUUUAAUCCUCUACACAUCGCUCUCUAGAGACCCCGACAGAUGUUUACACUGUUUAUUGCAAGAUAUAAAUGCUAGGGCUGUCAAAUGAUUAAAAUGUUUAAUCAAAUUAAUCAGAAUUUUCAGUGGAUUAAUCAUGAUUAAUCACUAUUUGCAACUACACCUGAAUCCUAACCAUUUUUUUUUUCUGAAAUGCAUACCAAAAGAUAAAUAACAGGACACAGAUACAUAAUUUUCAUGUAUUGUUUCAUCAUGUGGUUCUUUUUUUCUGAAUUUCAAAAGUUUAACAUUUACUUAGAUCAAAUUUACCUGAGCACUAUAUCAAACCAUGCCAUUUAACUACAGAUAGUGUAAGAGUUUUAGGUGAACCAGUGGUUAAAUAUAGCCACAUAUCUAUGAAAUUAUGGAUAGAGAAACUCGAAAGAAUGAACUCAGAAACAAAAACAUGCGCCACAAUCACAUAAGCAGCAUUCUGGGCACUCUUGUUUUUGGGAGGUGUUCAUUUGCUCUGCCACAAUACUUUAGGAUCGAUAUUUUCACGUUCUGAAGGCUUCAAGUGCCAGUAAAACCAAGUAAAAAUGCAUAUGCUUUCCCAAACAGCUGUAAUUUUCGCUGCAUUGCAUGUAGGCGUUCUGCGCAUGCGCAGUGUGAAACACAGGACGCUAUAACACAGUGAUCCUCAAAUCUGGCUCGCGAGAUCCACUUUCCUGCGAAGUUUAGCUCUAACCCUAAUCAAACACGCAUGAGUUUGCUAAUCAGUUGCUGAGUCCCAAUUCGCCUACUUAUACUACGACCUAAAAGUAUGUACUUUUUUUGUGUGGGAAAAGUACAUACUUUUGACUGUGUAGCAAAAGAGUAUGCACGCUCUGGGACAUACUUCGAUGACGUCAUGCAACAUGAACUACAACGUGGUUGACUAGUUACGCACACCACAACUGUUAACGUUUCAUUCAUUCUUUAUGUCCAAUAAAAUUUUAUUUACUAUUCCCAUCAUUUUUUCUCAUCAUUUUUUUCACAAUACAUUUUACUAUGUGUGCUUCUACCAAGUUGAGGAGUGAGGAAGCAGGGCUGCGUCGUCGUAGAACCAAACGCAGGUCGUUUGUGAGGUGGCUGGUUCUGACGUUCAUGUGCAAUGUGUGUAACGAAAUAAAAUAUAACUUUAAUUAGGGUUAAACAUUUGAAUUCUUACACUUAAAAGCUGAGGGCGCAUCUCCGCUGCUGCACCCGGCUGCCAUGUUUACAUCACCACAAAGCCAUCGCAAAGCUCCUCCCUCCCGUACGCAAUGGGUUGUGGGCAAUAUUAGCACUUAGAGUGUGCAUCAUUGAUCUGCACUUCGAAUUCUAACCGGAAAUAGUAGACCAUCCGGGUAUCUUUGGAAUACUAUUUUCAAUAUACUACGAUUUGGGACGUACUAAUUCUAGUUUCGCAUACUAUUUAGGACGGAUAGUAUGCGAAUUGGGACUCAGCAAGUGUCUUUAGGAUCAUUAGUAAAUCACAGGCAGGUGUGUUUAAUUGGAGUCUGCGCUAAACUCUGCAGGAAACUCGCGAGCCAGAUUUGAGGAUCACUGCUAUAACAGGAAGAAGAAGCUCCAGCGUAUCAACUACCAAAGUGGUCUCUGUUUAUCGAGCUUGGCAUGAAUGUAUUUGAGAGUAAAUGGGGUAAAACCUUAAGCUUCUUUGGUGUUUUCGUCGCGGCGCUCGCCGCUGUUUUUUACUAUCUUGGGAAUUCAGAGAUCGACGAGACUUUCCUAACCUGAAUAAUUUGUCACACUUCGCAUGCGUGAAAUGCGUUAAAAAAAAUUGACGUAAUUAACGACAAACAACUAAUUAACGCCGUUAACGCGCUAUUUUUGGCAGCCCUAAUAAAUGCAUUUAACCUGCAAUUACAAAUGCAUAAUGUUUUGAUGCUUUAAUUCCAAAAUGUUGAAUACUGAUAUUUGCAUUGAUAAAAGAAAGUGCUUUAAGAGGUGAAAUUAAAAACACCAAUAUCUAGAUAAUCAUGAAUUGUAACAUCACUUCCUUUAAUGUUUUUACUAUACAGUUGAUAUGGAAUUUGUUUAAAUGUUAAAUUUUUGAAAAAAAAUUACAUGUUUAUAUGAAAUGCUUACACAAAAUAAAUAUGUAGUUAACUUUAAAGUAUAUCUACAUUUCUUGCUUUCAUACAUUGUCAUAUAAAUAUUUGGCAUACUUCAGUGGUAGAUUUCUGCCAUUUACUGGAAAACAUUUAAAAUUACAAUUUUAAACAAAAGCACCAUAUGAACAUAGUGAUUUUAUUACACUAAUAUACAAUCAGACAUCCCAAUUUCUGUUUUGGUAAAGUCAUUAAGUGUCAUGUCAUUUAGAUGAAUUAGAAUUACAUCAUAUCAUCCUAUUUUGUUUUAAUUUUCCCUUACUAAAUUAUACAGUUACUGAUGCUAUGGACUGUGGGAUUACUAACAGGCUAUUAAGAAAAAUUUGUCUCUAAAUCUCUUUUCUCUUUAUUAAAACUUGAUCUAGUAGCCUACAUGAUAGAAUCAAAUGCUUUGCAAAUCCGCUCGAAAGACCUGAUAUCAAAUGAUUCGCGAAACGCGAUUCGGAGUCCCGAUCUGAAUCAAAUGUUUUGCUAACUCGCUCCGAAGCCCCGAUCAAAUGAUUCGCGAAGCGCAAUUCGGAGUCCCGAUCUGAAUCAAAUGUUUUGCGAACACGCUCCGAUGCCUCAGAUUGUGGUUAAUCUUACAGAUCAUGACUUAUAUCUACUCUUCCUCUGCCUGCAGUUUGGUAAUAUAAAGAUUCCUCUUUUGAACUCCCACCUCUUCUGUUUGUUUUAUUGUUCUGGUUCUGAAUUUGGGCUCCUGGGGUCUCAAAAAAGAUAGGAAUUUUGGGUUUUCAUGAGCUGUAUGCCAAAAUCAUCAGUUUUAAAACAAUGAAAGACCUGAAAUAUUUUAGUUGGUGUGCAAUGAAUCUAAAACAUAUGAAAGUUUAAUUUUUAUCAUUACAUUAUGGAAAAUGAUGAACUUUUAUCACAAUAUGCACAUUUUUUGAGAAGGACCUGUAAAUGGUAUGCGUCUUAACCUAUUUAAUUAUUGCAGGUUUGUAUAAUAUUGCUUUAUUUAUUUUGAGGAGUACUGAAUCUGUUUUGUGCAGGUGAGAGGACAUUUAGUCUAGAACCACAGUAACAUGUUCAGACAGCUCACACAAUGCCUCUGCACUUAGUCCCAAAUUCUCUCAACAUGGCAAUACAAGCUGUAAGACAAUACAUGGGAAACAAAGUAACUGGAGUUACUUAUUUGGAAAAGUAACUCAGAUAUUUUCUAAAUUAAAAAGUAAUGCUUUACUUUAAUAGUUAACCUACAUAAAGUAAUCUGUUCACCUAACCUGUGUUACUUGCAAUGCAUUACCCAAAACUCGUGAAUAGAAUUAUAUCGGUUGUAGCUGUUUUUUUUUUUUUGAAAGUAUAAGAAUGUUUAAUGCUUAACCUGAAAAAUCUGGCAACAUUUAAAAAAUUUUGGGUUAACUGUCCCUUUAAUUUUUUUUUUUACUGUUACUUUUAUUUUGUAUAUACUUUCAGUGUUAUUUUAUAGCUCCACUGAAGGUCAGUCCAGAUGGCUUUCAUGUCCAGACUGUCCCGGUCACGGAGUAAUUCCAGAUCUCCCAGCAGAAAGGAUUCAGAGAAAGGCUCUCCUGUACUAACUGUUGCUGAACAUGAGCGUCUGCUGUACACUGGGAAAACCGCCUGUAAUCAUGCAGAUGAAGUGUGGCCGAGGCUCUACAUAGGUGACCAAGAAAUUGCCUCCAAUCGCAAAGAACUCGUCAAACUCCGGAUCACACACAUCCUCAACUGUGCUCAGAGCAAAUGGAGAGGAGGCGCAGAGUAUUAUGCUGGCAUGAAAAUCACAUAUCACGGCAUUGAAGCUCACGACUUGCCCUCUUUUGACAUGAGUGUCAACUUCUACCUAGCAGCUGAGUUCAUUCACAGAGCCCUUAGUACCGGAGGAACGGUUCUUGUGCAUUGUGCCGUUGGGCUGAGCAGAUCUGCUACAUUGGUUCUCGCCUACCUCAUGAUUCACCAGAACAUGACUUUAGUAGAGGCCAUAAAGACUGUGAAGGACCACCGUGGCGUCACGCCUAACUGCGGUUUCCUACGGCAGCUCAGCGGUCUGGACCGCAUACUGCACACCAGCCGCAUCGCAACAUAAAGCAAUGUGUACUGUAAAUGAGAGCAGAGUGUCUUUACAUACAGUGAGUUUAUUCCAGCUGUCCUCUUGUGGUCAGUAGAAAUGCCUUAUUACAUCAGGACCUCUAGAAAUGUGUGUAAUGCCUCAUUCAGUGUUAGAUAUCAUGUGACCACCCACUGAAAUGUUGCUGUUAAUCACCACAAGUGUUUUUGUGUUUAAAAAGUUAAAUUAGAACAACACAAGGUGUAGACAAGUUUAGAACAGUUUGUCAUGUGCGAGACAAAAAUGGGUCAAAAAUGGGUCCAUCUAAUGCAUGUUUACAAAAAAAACCUGUCAUGCGCGAGAUGCUACAAAAGAUGCAAUAGCAGUGGUCAAACAUUUACACACACACACAUAUACAAGAGAAGCAGCACCAUGGAAUGCAAAAAUGCAUUUUUUGUGCAAAUUCAAUUAGCAACUGCCACAGACUCACAUCAGUCCCUUAAAAAAUCUAGUGACCACAUAGAAUUGGCAUCGCAACCACUCACUUUAAGCACUUUUGUAACCACCUAGACUGCAACUGCCAACAGCACCCUAACAACAUAGAACAAUGUACCACAUAAUACUACCAUAUAGUGACCAUCCAGAACACUUAACAUCGCCCAAAUAUUUAGGUGACCAGGUUGUCACAAGAAGCUCCUCUCUUAUGUCAUCCAAUUUUAAACACAACUUCAAAAUUUUCUUAUGAUGCAGUGCUAUAAUAUUAUGAAAGUUUGAAAGUAUGGUCCAUCGGUUUUGCAUUUCAGUUUGGGUAAUGUAGCUGGUCACAUUCGUUACAGACAGUUUUAUUACACAUUAACAUUGACGUGUGCUUUGUAUAAAUACUUCAGAUGUCAUGUGAAGUGUUCUACAUGUUUCAAGUUGUCUCUUUUAACUUGUUUUGUAAUGUAUUGUAAUAUAGAGUAGCUUUACUGUACACAAGAAGUGCAGUCUUGUACUUACAAAUCCAGCAAAUCCUCAAGUGCAGUACAAUGUACCGACUGUAGCUAUAUGAAUUGCAUUGUGCUGGUAUUAUUGUCCUUUCUGUACAUUUGUAUUAUUGGGGACAGCUGUUUAUUAUAUUUGUGUACGUGUUCAUCAUGGUUACAUCUAACAUAAAUUAACUGCAACAGCCAGAGCUGAACUACUGCCAGAUCCCUUCCACUGUACCUGGAUCUAAACUACACGCCAGUUUGUGUGAAAAUGUUGAUCGCUCAGAGAUUAAAGCCGGAGACAAAACGGGGCAUUCAACCAAAUGUAAAAACAUUGUGAUUUUAAUUAUAAUGUACAUUAAAUCUAAUAAACAUCAUUUCAUUUUCCAA